GCUCUUCUUGGCUGGACGUUCGGGAGUUUUGGCAGUUCGUAGCGCGGCGCAGCGCCGGGAAGGACCGAGGCCACGCUUGGGGGGUAGGGCAUGGCCGGGGUCUCGGCGGAGAAGAGCACGCUGCUUCAUCUGUUCGCCGGGGGAUGCGGAGGGACGGUGGGGGCCAUCUUCACCUGCCCUUUGGAAGUGAUCAAGACAAGAUUGCAGUCCUCAAGGUUGGCUUUCCGGGCUGUCUAUUAUCCGCAGGUCCAUCUGGGCACGCUCAGUGGCGAAGGCGUGGUCCGGCCUACCUCUCUGCCUCCAGGUGUCGUCCAGGUGCUGAAGUCCAUUUUGGAAAAGGAGGGCCCAAAGUCACUUUUCCGUGGGCUGGGUCCCAAUCUGGUCGGAGUUGCGCCAUCCAGGGCUGUCUAUUUUGCGUGUUAUUCCCGAGCGAAGGAGCAAUUCAACCACGUCUUCGUACCCAACAGCAAUAUGGUCCAUAUCUCUUCGGCGGCUUCCGCAGCUUUUGUGACUAACUCCUUGAUGAAUCCCAUCUGGAUGGUGAAAACCAGAAUGCAGCUAGAAAGAAGAGUCUGCGGCUCGAAGCAAAUGAACACCCUCCAGUGCGCCAGAUACGUUUACCGCUCCGAAGGCAUCCGGGGUUUUUACCGAGGCCUCACCGCCUCCUACGCGGGCAUCUCCGAGACCAUCAUCUGUUUCGCUAUUUACGAGAGACUGAAGCAACUUUUAAAAGAUCCCAUCCGGUCUCCUUUCACCGGAAACCCGGAGAAGAAUUCCACCAAUUUCAUCGGAAUCACAGUUGCCGCCGCCAUUUCAAAAGGAUGUGCGUCUUGCAUCGCUUACCCACACGAGGUCAUCCGGACAAGGCUACGUGAGGAAGGCACCAAGUACCAGUCCUUCCUCCAGACGGCCCGGCUAGUAUUCCAGGAAGAAGGGUAUUUUGCUUUUUACCGUGGACUUUUCGCCCAGCUGAUGCGGCAAAUUCCAAACACAGCCAUCGUCCUUUCCACCUACGAAUUGAUUGUGUAUCUUUUAGAAGAGCAAGUGAAAUAGAGCCGUCCGAAGCACAGACCGAAAUAUAUAUAUAUAUAUAUAUAUAUAUAUAUAUAUAUAUAUUCACAACGAUUGUGGGACAGUUCACAACACACUAGGGGAAAAAAAACUUUGAAAUGGACAGUCUGCUUGCUGGAUGUUGUUUUGAGGAGGGGGCAUUUCUCCUCUCUACCCCUCCUUCCCUCUCCCUGCAAUUUCCCUUCCAGAAUCUUUGUUUUUAAAGGUAGGUAUGUUAAUAACAGUUUUUUUUUAACUUAAAUGAGACAAGGUUCAGAAAUUAAAAGAAUGACUGGAUUAAAUUAUGCUAUUUAAUUUCUGUGGAUGGUGUUGGGACAACCUCUUUUAUAUGUAUGUAUGCAUGUAUGUAUGUAUAUACACACACAUAUCUUUAUUGUG